GGCUUUUUUUCUUUUAAAAGAGAACCAGCCGACUUGCCCCACUCCCCCGUCCUUUAUCUCCUCCCCCACUUGUUCCCUCCCCGACGCGGCAAGCUGCAGGUUGAACGUUCAUUGAUCUAACCAUGCUUCCUCAAGUUGCUUCUCUCAUCCUGCUUGCAGCAACGGCGAUUGCCGCCGAUCUCCCCUUACCACCUCCCAUGCCGGCAGCCUGGCCGCCAACAGAUGAAGCAAGUCCCAUUCCCGAAAAUUUCCUAAAGGAUCCUCUCGUUACAACCGCCCUCGCCUACGUGCAGGCAACUGUUCCCCCUCAGUACUUGAACAUUCCUCCGUCACAAUACAAGUCUCCAUGCGUUGCAACAUACCCUGCCGACACAGCCGCUACAAACUGCUACUGGCCAAACAAUCUUUGCGUGAGAACAAAUGACACGGCGGGUUUUAAGGCUGAUGUCGUUAGCUGCCCCGGGGAUAACGUGUGGGGCCUGACAUACGAUGAUGGUCCAACCGUCAACGUGGUAAAUGGACAAAACCAGAAUGAUACUCCCUCGCUCAGGGCAGCACUAGAUGCCAUGAAGCUCAAAGCUACUUUCUUUAUCGUUGGCGCCAAUGGAUUACAGAAUCCAGAAGAGAUUAAAAAAUCGUUUGCUGAAGGUCAUCAGAUUGGAGUCCACACCUGGACGCAUUAUCCCGCCACUUCCCUCACCAACGCUCAAUUUGUUGCGGAAAUAAAGUACACUGAGGCCAUGAUCUACAACGCUACCGGUAGUCUUCCGAUCUUUUGGCGUCCGCCCUGUGGUGACGUUGAUGACCGGAUCCGUGCCAUUGCCACGGCAUUGGGCUACUCUACCACUCUCUGGACGACCACUCCGGUCCGAGACUCGACUGAUGCUGAUCAAACAGAUGCAUCUCCCGCCACUUCGCAAAAGAUUGUAGACACCGUCAAGACGUGGUUCACCGCUCAAAAGAGUUUUAUUAGUCUUGAACACGACAUUAGUCCAUUCACAAGCGGCAUCGCGAUAAACGUUCUUAACGAGGUGAAAGCUGCCGGUGCCAACUUUCCACUCAAAAUGAUGCCCGUUGGGACUUGCCUGAACCAGCCCUUUUAUCGCGGUAAUGGAACUACUCCCACUUCAUCUACAUCGACAGCACCCUCGGCGACUCCUACCUCGGUUUCGACCUCGACCGCAAGCAGCCCAGCCUCGCCUUCCCCUACCUCCGGUUCACCCAUAGCUGCGAGUGCCAAAAGUGCUGGCGAACAGGUGAUGGUUAACAAAGUGGCAGCUGGAUUACUGGUGGGCGUGGCCGCCCUGUUUGCCCUCGCUGUUUAGAUACUUUGCACAGUUUCGAAUAGUUUGUAAAUUAGCCAUGUCCGUUAGAAGUCCACACGUGGUUUGUGUAUACAGAACAGGCUGAUCCCUCGGUGGUUUAAUGCGCUUUUACUUGACUGCACGAAAUAUUGGUUUAUAAUAAUAAAUUACAGAAUUGUAACUA